GACUCCGCCGUUUGCAGCCUCCGGUCGGGUAGGGACAAUGUUUCUCUGCUUUGGGUUUUGCACAUGGUAACGUGUGGCCACAAUACUGUGAAACUGUGCUGGAAAUGGCGUAGGCGAUUUGUUGUAACGUUCGCAUUUUAAAAAAAAUCUUCUUUAUGUUUGUAAGAAUCUUUAUGACUGCAGUGUUUGUGGCUCAUUUGGUGUGCGCGUUUUUUUCCUGUCCUGUGGGGUUUUUCUUUUGCUCGUGGUCCUUAUUGCCUGUGUUGGACAUGAACCGCCUUGCCACAGUUUUUAGUCAGCAUUUAAACAGGCAAACAGCUCUGACACGGUGAUUACAGCGCUCCCUACUUUCCUGCACCGACCAUUGAGUUGGAAACAUUGUAUCGCAACCUCUUCUUCUCGGCGGGAGACGUUGUAUCGCAGUGUCUGUCCACGACUUGCACAGAAGGUCUGCCCCAAGAGGGGGAGUUUGAAGAAAAACCCGUUCUGGCAGCGCACUUCGAAUUUGACAGUUCAGGAAGUGGCUUGAAAUGGGUAAUACCGCUACAACACGUAGAAGACUGCCGAUCUGUCAGCAUUAAAUUCUAUGAAAAUAAAAGAAAACAGAUACGUCGAGGAUGGCAUCAAGUAACUCGAGUUUAUCUGGCUCAUCGGUUUCGUCAGAUGCCGAAGAGUAUCAACCACCAAUAUGGAAAUCCUAUUUGUAUCAGUUACAGCAGGAAGCCCCACGUCCGAAGAGAAUUAUUUGUCCUCGAGAGGUUGAAAACAGGCCAAAGUACUAUGGAAGAGAGUUCCAUGGGAUGAUAUCUCGUGAGCAGGCUGAUGAACUGCUUGGUGGAGUUGAGGGAGCUUAUCUCAUCAGGGAGAGCCAACGUCAACCUGGUAGCAACACAUUGGCUCUGAGGUUUGGAUAUCAGACCUUAAACUAUAGAUUGUUCUAUGAUGGAAAGCAUUUUGUUGGUGAGAAGCGUUUUGAGUCGAUCCAUGAUCUUGUGACUGAUGGCUUGAUAACACUGUAUAUAGAAACCAAAGCAUCUGAGUAUAUUUCAAAGAUGACAACAAAUCCCAUCUAUGAGCAUAUAGGAUAUGCCACACUAUUGCGAGAACAAACCUCAAAGAGACUGAUCAAAGCAAAGCGUGACAGUAGGAAGGUGUCCUUGGUGAAUGAUGAGAACAAUUCAGUUGAAAAGAUCACCUCACUUGUCAGAAGAGCUGCCUUGAAACAAAGUGAGAACCAUUUCAAUUAUGAAAAAGCUCACAAUUUUAAGGUCCAUACAUUCAGAGGUCCUCACUGGUGUGAAUACUGUGCCAACUUUAUGUGGGGCCUAAUUGCUCAGGGAGUGAGGUGUUCAGACUGUGGACUGAAUGUACAUAAGCAGUGUUCAAAAUUUGUACCCAAUGACUGUCAGCCUGACCUCAAGAGAAUCAAGAAGGUGUACAGUUGUGAUUUGACAACUCUUGUAAAAGCGCACAAUACUCAGAGACCAAUGGUGGUGGAUAUGUGUAUUCGAGAGAUUGAAGCACGAGGUUUGAAGUCUGAGGGGCUUUACAGAGUCUCUGGAUUUACUGAGCACAUAGAAGAUGUUAAAAUGGCAUUUGACCGAGAUGGUGACAAAGCUGACAUUUCUGCCGCUACAUAUGCAGACAUCAACAUCAUUGCUGGUGCACUUAAGCUGUAUUUUAGGGAUUUGCCUAUUCCUGUUAUCACCUAUGAUUCAUAUCAAAAAUUCAUUGAAGCAGCCAAAAUUACCAAUCCAGAUGACAGGCUGGAGGCCAUCAAUGAAUCCUUAAUGUUACUCCCUCCUGCACAUUAUGAGACACUAAGGCACUUGAUGACUCAUCUAAAAAGAGUCACUAUGUUUGGAAAGGACAAUUUGAUGAAUGCUGAAAACCUUGGAAUUGUGUUUGGGCCUACAUUGAUGCGACCCCCUGAACAGAAUACACUGGCAACCUUGAAUGACAUGCGAUACCAGAGACUGAUUGUCCAGCUCUUGAUUGAAAAUGAAGAUGUCUUGUUCUGAUAGAGGAAAACAAUAUGAAGUAAAACCAGCAUUGUAGUUACUAUUUGUGACUGAGCGGCAAAAGGCACUGGUGCUAGUAUCUCCUUGCAAGAUUGGCAAUGUAAACUUAAGUCUGUGAUGCUGAAGAUGAAUGCCAAAACAUUCCCUGUAGCCUGCUUGUUAGGAAGUUUAUGUUUAAUUAAGAGAGUUGAGGUUUGGAAAGUUUAUCCUAUCAUACUACAUGCUUUCCAACAACAAUAGCACAAAGUUAUAUUAUACAGGAAAAACUAAGCAAAAAUGGUUUGUGACUACCACAAGCUACAGAGUUGGUAUCUUGCUUUUUAAAAUCUAAGACAUAUAUGCUCAUUCAGUAAUGCCAAUCGUCAAAAUUCUACUCCAAAGUUAGCUUGGUGCAGAGUGAGUGUAUUUUUAUUUGUAAUGAUAGUAUUUACCUGUUUUGUAUGUGAAUUACAUCACAGAAUUUUGAAUUGCACUAAGUGUCUCGAUAAAUUGGUAUAUCAACUAAUUUAUACCUAUAAAUUUUCCAAGAAUCAUUACCCAUUAACUUGAGCUACAUUUAACAAAUUAUCAAUAUACUACAAAUGAUCAAUUUUGUAAUAAUUGUGGGAAAUAAUAUACCAGCCACAUGCAACGGUAAAAGAUGGUAUUCUAAUAGUAAUAUUAUUAAUUUUAAUUACCAUUGAACACUUUUUCUCCUCUCCUCAAAACUCCUCCACUGUACUUACACUCAGUCCACAAUGAGAACUGGAUUAAUUGCCACAUUACUGUAUUUAUGACUGGUGCCUAGUGAUUCAUGGAAGGCAUUUAAUUUGUAUAUAUGUAUAAAGCUGUGUUUGGUUAUCACUUUGGAAAAGAUAGCAGGAAGUCAACAAAGUGAAGAGUGUAGAGGGAAGGAUCUUCUGUAGUUCUUCCAUUUUAUAUCUUUUUGUGAAUUAGCUAUAUUCCUGUUUAUGACGCCCAGCUGCAUUUCAAAACUGUCGAACAUCAUACCUUCACAGCAAGUUCCUUUCAUACAUCAUUUUGGUUAAAAUAUUAUCAAACCAUUCCUGUUUUACAAUGACAGUUAUAGUCUCCUGUGGUCCUCCUGGUAGGUGUCGUUAAUUCAUCUUUUCAAAACAAAUAUAUUUAAACUAGAUAAAAAGUUGUUUGUUUUUUGAAGUGUUCUGUGGAUAUGAUUUUGAUAGUUUUCAAAUGCAAAUAUAUGUUUUGACUAAAUCAAAUGCUGCAAAUGUUUAAAAGACCACUUUUUAAAUUCUUUUGAGGUGUAAAUUUUCAUUCAUUUAGUGAACUGAGCAUAGUCACUGGUACCUGCGUAUGAAAUAUUUUGCUUUGAAAGCUUUUGCCUAUUUUAUUUCUCAUCUAUUAAUGUGUAAAAUGAUACCAAUUUACUUUGUAAAUUAAAUAAUGUACUGUGAAAAUUUUAUUAAAUGUACUAUUAAAUUUAAA